GACGGCCGCCAGGAAAUCGCAUCCCCCGGUGUGCCAAUUCCGACGAGGACGUUGCGCGCGACCGAUCGAAGGCUCCCCCCCAGCUUCUCUCCUUUCCAAACCAACCCAUACCCUGCGCAUUCGCUGAGACACCUCUCCUCGCACAACCUCGCGACCGGCCAUCGUUUCAAUCGCACGAAGCAGAUACGAUCUUUCCAAAAGAACAUCCGCAGAUUCGGCCGCACAUUGGCAUAGCAUAGGAAGUUGCCCGCCUCGGAUGGCACGAUGGCAUUCCUUUUCAAGAGCAAGAAGAAUGCAGACAAAGCCCAGACCUUGAAAGAUGCCACGAACGGGGCCGUAGGACCACAGCCGCCUCUGCAGAACAGUCCAAAUGGACGCCUGCAAAAUGAGAAGGGUGCUGGCGCGGUGCAGCAGACGACACCGGGCAGCAGUGUAAAUAAUUCGAUGAACUCGCUCCAGGGAGGAACUCCCCCGAGCCCAGAGCAAUUGAAUGGCCGGAGAGGUCCUAAUCCAGAACAGGCGCAAGAACCUCCUGCGCGAAAUGCCCCUUCACAGCAAGGUCAACAGAUGAAUCCGAAUAUUAAUGCCUCCUUGUAUCCCUGGUCGAAACGGCGGAUGACCUAUACGACCGCACAUCCCAGUCCCUUCCCACGAUAUGGCGCGGCUGUUAACUCGAGCGCAUCUAAAGAGGGUGAUAUUUAUUUAAUGGGAGGUCUCAUAAAUAGCUCCACAGUGAAGGGUGAUCUGUGGAUGGUGGAGGCAGGAGGGAAUAUGGCAUGCUACCCGCUUGCAACAACAGCUGAAGGGCCUGGACCUCGAGUAGGGCAUGCUGCUCUCUUAGUUGGGAAUGCAUUCAUUGUCUAUGGAGGAGAUACAAAGAUGGAAGAUUCGGACGUUCUAGAUGAGACGUUAUACCUCCUGAACACAUCUACACGGCAAUGGUCGAGGGCAGUGCCCGCAGGGCCCCGACCUUCUGGUCGAUACGGGCACUCGCUGAACAUACUUGGGUCGAAGAUAUACGUGUUUGGAGGUCAAGUGGAGGGAUACUUCAUGAACGAUCUGGUCGCCUUUGACCUGAAUCAAUUGCAGGCCCUCCAAUUGGCCAAGUGCCUCCUGCGAGAACGAAUCACACUGUUGUGACGUACAACGAGAAGCUUUACCUAUUUGGUGGAACAAAUGGGUUACAAUGGUUUAACGACGUCUGGUGCUACGACCCCGUAAC